AUGGCAGCCAGCUUCAACACUUCUUGCAAAAUAAACACAGUCAUGCGGUCCGCUUUGAACGGGAUACUCACCGUAGCCCGGGUCAUCGCCACCUCUUUCAUGGCUUGGAAGGCCCUUUCGCUUUGGACCGGCACACCUUACCCGGUGAUGAUAGUCACUACUGAGUCUAUGGUUCCCGCAUUCUUUCCGGGAGAUAUCCUAUUCAUCUCCAAUCACCACCGAAACGCCGAAAUAGGCGACCUGCCGGUCUGCUGGCUACCUGACAGCUCGUUCCCAAUGAUUCAUAGGGUGCUUCGGGUGUCCCAGCUCAUAUUGACAAAGGGGGACAAUAACCUCAUUGAUGACAUGUUAAUGUAUCCUGAGGGCCAGGACUUCUUGCCCCGAAGCCAGAUUCUCGGAUUUGUCAGAGGUUACAUACCCUUUAUGGGAUGGUUUGUAAUCGGUCUUCAAGAUUUCAGAUGGCUUCGGGAACUGAUUGCUAUCUUAUUUCGGGGUAUUGGCUUGACCCGUUGA